UUAAGACAACUAAUCUCUCACCUAAUUAAACACAGAUUAUUCUUAAACAAAAAAAUCCUUAAACAAAAAAAAUUCCUAUAAGAUUUGUUUUUCAUCAGACUGAAGUCUAAUCUAAUCUCACUCACAUCAGUCAUGACUCUUUUAUCCUCUCACCUCUUUCCAUUCUCCGCCGUGCACCGCCGUUCACCGGCAUCAUCCACCACCAUGAAUCUCUUUCCUUGGAAUAAACCCAGAAAACCAAACGACACUGUCAAGUUUUUGCAUUCUCCUCUAGUACAGAGAGGUGUCCGUUUGGAUGAAAGAUUUGUGACAAGGUUUAAUGUCCCUGCAAAUGCUCAAGAUCUAAUCCACAAUGUCGGAGCCACCGUUGGUGUUCUCGGCGGCGCUUAUGCUCUUGUUUUUUCCUUUGAUGAUCUCACCAGAAGAAACAUCCUUGACCAGGGUCUGAGCAGAAAACUGGUCCAUAUAUUGUCUGGCUUGCUUUUUCUUGUUUCUUGGCCAAUUUUCAGCAACUCCUCCGAAGCUCGGUACUUUGCUGCUUUUGUGCCUCUGGUGAAUUUCUUGAGGCUUUUGGUGAAUGGUCUUUCAUUGGUUUCUGAUCAAGGACUCAUCAAAUCCGUGACUAGAAAAGGAGAUCCAAAAGAAUUGCUAAGAGGUCCUCUUUAUUAUGUGGGGAUAUUGAUGUUAUGUGCUGUUGUUUUCUGGCGUGAAUCUCCAAUUGGGGUGGUUUCCUUGGCAAUGAUGUGUGGAGGGGAUGGUGUAGCUGAUAUCAUUGGCAGAAGAUAUGGGUCCAUCAAGAUUCCUUAUAACCAAAAAAAGAGUUGGGCUGGUAGCAUAUCAAUGUUUAUAUUUGGAUUCUUGGUUUCAAUUGGGAUGCUCUAUUACUAUUCAGCUCUAGGACAUGUGGAAUUUAACUGGGAGAACAUUUUGCCAAGAGUAGCUUUUGUUUCUGUGGUGGCAACAGUGGUGGAGUCCCUACCCAUUACUGAGGUUAUUGAUGACAACAUUUCUGUUCCACUAGUAACCAUGGCAGUGGCUUUUUUCAUCUUCAAUCAUUAAUAACUUUUGCAGAGACCUUUCUUCAAUUUAUCAUCACCCUUGUUUUUUGAGUUAUUCUGGGCACUAAGAAAUUUACUCUAGUAGGUACACUGUAAAUAGUACAUGAUCUGUAACAGUUUUGAUAUUUCACAAUAAAAAAUCAUUUUUAAAUGA